AUGCUUCACCCUAGAGAUGCCUAUGAAGUAUUCCAAAUACAAUUAGUAGGAGGACAUAAUAGACCGGAUGUUAUGAUUUGGGAACCAGAUAAGAAUGGUGUCUAUACAGUUCGAAGUGGCUAUAGAUUGUUUGUGAAGAACAAUGGUUUGAGGCAGCUCGGCGAGCGAGAAGCAGAAACAGCAAGAACCCAUAGCAGAGAAGGGUGGAGCCCUCCACCGGAAAGGGUCCUAAAGUUUAAUGUUGAUGGGGCAUUUUUUGAGGAUCAAUGCAGAUAUGGGACUGGGAUGGUUCUCCGGGAUGCAACAGGUAAGAUGAUUCUCUCAGCAAGUAAACCAAAAAAGGGUAGUAUGGACCCAAUGGAAGUAGAACUUCUAGCGAUGCUAAGAGGUUUACAGAUUUUCUUACCUUUGUUCAUCCAGAAUUUACAAGUAGUAAGUGAUUCGUUGUUAGUGGCUCAAGAAGUGACAAAAGUACAGGAUGAAUCUUUGCCCAUUUGGAGGAACUUGAUACGUGUGAUUCGGUAG